GAGGCAGAGCUGGAGUAACGGGACUGUAGGACGCAGGGGACCCCGAGUCGAGUCUCCGGUCGGGAGGGACUCGUUGACUCCCAGCGCCGAGUUGUCCGGAGAUCGGAACUCGAGACCGAGAUCGCCAAGCCCCCCGAGUGGAGCUGGGCGGUACCUAGGGACCAUGCCGUACAUGCUCAUUAGUACCCAGAUCCGCAUGGAGGUGGGUCCCACAAUGGUGGGAGAUGAGUUCUCUGACGAGGAGCUGAUGCAGUACUUGGGGGCCACAAAGAGGAAUAUGCUGGGAAACCAUUUUUGGGAGUACUGUGUCAACGACCCGCCCCGAAUCGUUCUGAACAAACUGGAGGCCCGGGGCUAUCGCGUGGUGAGCAUGACAGGCGUGGGCCAGACCCUCGUGUGGUGCCUGCACAAGGAGUAGCUGCGGCCCAGCCGGCCAUCCCCCUGCCUCGUCGGGGCUCCCUGGCCCAAGCUGCUGCCCACAGGGACAGAGGCCACCCUGCCUGCUUGGGCCCCACCAUGCCAGUAGGGGAGCCUUCCUAGAGGGAGAAGGAAUGUCCCAGGGCGAGGGGGGGCAGGGAGGGCACGCAUCUAAUCCUAGAUUUCCCCAACCAUGAAAUGGAGCGGGCUGGUGGGGUCCCAGGGUCAAACUGUAAGCUAGCCUGAGCCAAUAAAGAACUGUGCUGAGCGGCUGCUCCUCA